AUGGGUAAAGUUCACGGUUCCCUAGCUCGUGCUGGUAAGGUUAAGUCUCAAACCCCAAAGGUUGAGAAGCAAGAAAAGCCAAAGCAACCAAAGGGUCGCGCUUACAAGAGACUUUUGUACACCAGAAGAUUCGUUAACGUCACUUUGACCAACGGUAAGAGAAGAAUGAACCCAUCUCCAGCUUCUCAGUAA